GCCGUACCCAGUGCGCCUGCGCGCCCUCGCCCCCCACGUGACUCAGGCCGCGGCGCCGCGCGUGCGCGCCUGGCGUCGGCGGGGGAGGGCGCGAAGGGAAGUGGCUGCGACGGUCGUUCCCCGCCCUCAGAUCCACUGCAAAAUGUCUGGGCUUCUUGAGAAUAUGAGGUGCUCGGAGUGCGUGGACUGGGGAGAGAAGCGGAACACAAUCGCGUCUGUGGCUGCAGGAGUGUUGUUUUUUACAGGUUGGUGGAUAAUUAUAGAUGCAGCUGUCAAAUACCCUAAAAUGGAAGACUUCAACCAUUCGUACCAUGCCUGUGGGGUUAUAGCCACUGUUGCAUUCUUAAUGAUUAAUGCAGUGUCUAAUGGACAAGUGCGGGGUGACAGUUACAGUGAAGGCUGUCUGGGACAAACAGGUGCUCGGAUUUGGCUGUUCAUUGGUUUUAUGAUGGCUUUUGGAUCUCUGAUUGCUUCCAUGUGGAUCCUAUUUGGAGGCUAUGUUGUUAAAGAAAAAACAGUUGUGUACCCAGGAAUAGCUGUGUUUUUCCAGAACGCGUUCAUCUUUUUUGGAGGACUGGUCUUCAAAUUCGGUCGCACAGAAGAUUUGUGGCAAUGAACAUGCCUGUGGAAGUGCAUUGGCCAUGCUCGUUUUUUAACUGCACGCCCCCAAAGUUUUGUAAACCAUUUUGUAAACAGUGACUUUCAAUUGUG